GAGGCGGCGGCGGCUUCUCCUGCUUUCCUUGUCAGGAUGCAGAGCUCGGACCUGGGGAGCCGGGAGGAGGGCAAGAUCUGGCACCGCAAGCCCUCCCCGGCCACGCAGCAGGGAGUCAUCGUAAAUAUUAUUCACAGUGCCACAGGCUAUCAUUCCAAGACCAUUCGCUUUUUGAAUGUGGCUUUUGACAGUUCUGGAGAUGCACUGCUUUCUGGAGAUCAUCAAGGGAAUAUCUAUGUUUUUGACUUGGUGGGCAACAGGUUCAAACUGGUGCAACGAACAAUGCAAGCUUGUACUGCUCUGGCGUUUAAUCUCCGCAGGAAAACAGAAUUCCUUGUGGCUUUGGCUGAUUAUUCCAUUAAAUGCUUCGAUACAGAUACCAAAGAACUUGUUAGUUGGAUGAGAGGACAUGAAUCUUCAGUGUCCUCGAUCUCCGUUCAUGGUUCCGGUAGAUAUGCCAUCACGUCGUCUACCGACACAGCCCAGCUUUGGGAUCUCGACACUUUUCAGAGGAAGAGAAAGCUGCAAGUCAGGCAGUCUGUGGGCAUUCAGAAGGUUUUCUUUCUUCCACUAAGCAACACCAUCCUCAGCUGCUUUAAAGAUAACUCUAUUUUUGCCUGGGAGUUUGAUACCCUUCGCUGCAAGUUUCAGCUGCCUUCGCCCGUUGAAGGAUCUUCAUUGAGCUAUAAAGUUUUUGCUGUUACAAGAGACGGCCGUGUCCUUGCAGCGGGGGGCAAAUCAAACCACCUUCACUUGUGGUGCUUGGAGUCCAAGCAGCUGCUUAGGAUCAUCCAGAUGCCCACCAAAGUGCGAGCCGUUCGCCACCUCGAAUUCCUCCCAGACAGCUUUGACGGCGGUUCUAAUCAGGUUCUUGGAGUGCUGAGUCAAGAUAAUAUCAUGAGAGUCAUCAACAUAAGGACGUGCAAGCUCCUCUUUGACGUCGGCAGCCACGAGGAGGGAAUCAGCCUUGUCGCCGUGAGCCCUAAUGGGAGGUACAUUGCAGCAGUCAUGGAGAACGGCAGCCUUAACAUAUAUAGUGUCCAGGCACUGACAAAAGAAGUAAACAAGCCUCCCCCACCUCUAUUUAAAGUGAUUGAAGAGUCAUCCAAAAGCAAAUUUGACACUAACAAGCUGACAGUGAGAGUGACACCCGGCAUCUCGGAGAGGCCCUGGCAAUCGAAAAGGGGAAAGACCCAAACCAAAAUUAUAAAGCCACAGUCAGAUGUGUCGCAUGAGGACAAAGAGAAUGAGCUGCCUGAUGGACUGAACAAGAAGCGGCUGCGAACCUUGCUGAAAGGAUUUGGGGAGUAUCCUGCAAAAUACAGGAUGUUUGUUUGGCGGUCCUUACUUCAUCUCCCAGAAAACCACUUGGCUUUUAGCAGCCUGUUGGAUAAAGGGACCCAUUCGGCUUUUGUCCACCUUCAGAAUGAAUACCCUAUUAAAAGCAGGAAACUCUUGAGAGUCCUACAGAGGACCUUAUCUGCUCUAGCUCACUGGUCCGCCAUCUUUGGCGAGAUGCCCUACGUCCCUCUGUUGGCCUUCCCUUUUGUCAAACUCUUCCAGAACAAUCAGCUCAUCUGCUUUGAAGUGGUUGCUACUGUAAUAGUUAAUUGGUGUCAGCACUGGUUCGAGUUUUUCCCCAACCCUCCAGUCAACGUCCUCGGCAUGGUGGAAAACAUAUUGGCACACCAUGACAAAGAGCUGCUUCAGCAUUUCAUGAGCUACAAUAUAACAUCACAGGUUUACGCCUGGCCUCUUCUGGAAACCAUGUUCUCGGAAGUUCUGACAAGGGAGGAAUGGCUGAAAAUGUUCGAUAACAUCUUCUCCAACCACCCUUCCUACUUUCUGAUGGUGGUUGCUGCUUACAUCAUCUCUUCCAGAGCUCCUUUGCUUCACUGCAAUCAGAAGGAAGACUUUGAGUAUUUCUUCCACCAUCGGAACAACCUCGACAUCGGCGCCGUGCUGAAAGAGGCCUACCACCUAAUGGAAUGCACCCCGGCCGACAUCCACCCGCGCCGCAUGCUGGAGGACUUUGUGCCACUGACCAAGGGCCAGUACCCCAUCUUUAACAAGUACCCCAAGUUCAUUGUGGAUUACCAGGCUCAGGAGCGAGAGCGAAUCCGGCAGGAUGAGAUUGAGUACCUGAGAGAGAGACAAUUGGUCCAGGAGAUAGAGGCCAAAGCAAGCGAGCGCAGAGUGGAAGAUGAAACUUGGUAUCGGAAGCAAGAGCUGCUUCAGGAGGCUGAGGAGCAAAGGCGAAAGAUUUUGCUUAAGGAAGAGGAGAAACUAGCAGAGCAAAGGCGGAGACUAGCCGCUGUGAAGCGAGAGCUGAAAGUGAAGGAGCUGCAGUUACUGGAAGCCGCAAGGAGGCGUUUCCUGAAGUACCAGCAAGAUCAGCGGGAAAUGGAGCUGAAACGGCUUGAUGAUGAAAUUGCAAGAAAGGCGUCUAUGAGAGAGCAAGAAACUGCUGCUACAGUUCAGGAUGUAGAAGUGCGGCAGAUGGAGCUCACGGCACAAAGGCGGCUUUUUGAGCAGAAACUACUCAAAGAGCAGGAAAGUGUGGCUCAGGAAGUGAAAGGGGAGCUGGACACAAGCCGGACAAAAGCUGACCACGAAGACCUUUUCCUCCAGAGGCUGAUUGAAAUUGAGCAGGACGGAGAAUCGAACGCAAAGCAAGUGGUUGAAGAAUGCUUGGCCAAAGCCGAUCAAGAGCACAUUAACACGGACUGGCGGACUCAGGUCCUGCGCAAGCAACGAAGCGGCGAUCUGGAUCGCGACCUGCGAUAUCGAGAGCUGGCCAGGCACCUCCGUAACAACAGAAUGGCGGAGUCAGAGCUGUUUGGGGCAAUGAAAGAGGAGGAAGCCAGAAAAUGGGAGGAACUCCUGGAAAAGCAAGAGCAGCUAGCAGCGGAGCAAGCUGUGUCCGCUGCAUUGGAUGCCAACAGGAAACGCUUUCUAGAACGGGAAAUGAACGAUGCUGUAGAAUUGGCUGAGAAGCUCCAAGACGAAGACAGCUAUUUUGAGAGACUGCGCGACUUGAGAGCCUCCCAGACCCGGAAGAAUUCAGAAUCCCUCAAGUCACCCAGCAAGGCUCAAUCACAGCCUGACAACAUCUGCUUAAAUGAUUCGCUGGCAGGAGAAGCAUCAAAGCACUUUUCUUUAGACAGAGGACGGCAAGAGCUGGAAUCCAGAGAGCAGGAGUUGCUGGCGGAAGUUAGACAGCUCAGGCGAAAGGUCAUGUCGCAGGCUCGGGGAAAGCAAGCCCCAAACACAGAUGCACAGUGGAGCAGCUGAAGGGACAACAUCUGCCUGCAGAUGGACUUUUUCCACUUGGGAGCUGCAUUUAAGAAAUCAAAGGGACUGAUUUUUUAGACCAUUUUUAUUCUAAAUGCCUUUAGAAAUAUUUUUGUACAUAAAAAUAAAAUACCAAACGAAAGGUGUAA